AUGAAUAUGGCGAUGGUCUGGUUCCAAACACCACCGUUUGCAGUUUUCCAAUUUCAUGGCAAAUCGUUCAGUAUUGAAUCUAACAGGCUGAUGAGAACAUAUUACUUGCCAUUAAGAAUGAUCAAACGACAUUCGCAUCAAAGUGUAGCAUCAGUGAUCCAUCAGUCCAUAGUUUCUGUUUACACUUGCUCUACUGCUUCCCAUUCUAGACACUUUUACAUGGCAUCGCUUCCAUUUACCAACUCGACUUUUUUCAAAUGCAGUCUAAAUUCACAUAUGAGUAUGAGCCUUUCAACAGCUACUCACUUUUCUUCCAAACUUAAUCCAGCUAUAGAUACUAGAAACCUACCGAUUCAAUAUACGCUUCAUGUCGAAACAAUCCGCACCCUGUGCGACCUCUUUCAAAACAAAAGACGAGAUCUUAAAUCAACCGAUAUUACUCGAGUCUGGGACUUGUGUCGCAUCUUAAUCAAAAAUGAUACUAGCAGCAUAAAAAACUUGCUAGAGGUUGAACAGCUGAUGCAUCGAUUGGUUGCUUUUCUGGCCCUGUCGCCAGAAAAUCACAAUGCUGUUGAACAGACUGAAAAGUUAUUGAUAUGGUGGAGACCUGGUAAUAAAUGGUCAGAUUUGACCUCGCAAGAUAUUCUAUGGAUUGUUCGUGCUUACAAAGUCAAAACUGUACAACAAGGCUUAGAUAUUAUAUCAUCUAUAUGCAGAAAGUGUAAUCUAAAGCGAUUGGACUCGACUGUCGUGUACAUACUUAUUGUAUCCAUAGCUAUACGUCAUAGUUCCAAAGAGGCAAUCGAGUUUAUCAAAGCAUUCGUCGCUCAGCAACAACGAUCAAUACAACCCUCUAUACAUUUAAACUAUCUCCUGCAAACGUGUUGUCAAGAAAUAUCAUUUAUGCAACAGCAUUCAGGCAUACUGGAUAUUUCAGUAAAGGAAGCCAAUGCGCAAGUAAAAUCCAUCUCUGAAUUUAUGCUAGAUCUGGUUGCCUACAUGUCUACUGCUUCACCUAAUCUGGCUUUGGCUGAUGUCGUCUCUUUCAAUUAUAUAGCUUUUUCUCAAAAGUGCACAACCUAUACAGACGUCGUACGUGUGCUAGACACAAUGCAAUCCUAUGGUGUUUAUCCCAAUAUCAAAACGUUUACAACACUGGUUCACAAUCUCGACGCAGACUCUGCUAUAAAACUAUUUGAAAAGGCUAAUGAGAUGGGUUUGCAAACCGAUGCAUCCAUUUUAGUGUCAUAUAUUCGUGCUUGCAAGUUACGCCCAGAUCAAAGCAGUGGAAAGCGUGAUGCCUUGAAAGCGUUUUUGGCACACCCGUAUCGUCUUGAAUUGACUUCCCCAACCUAUGCUGACUCUGGAAUAUUAUUUAUUCUUUCUGCGAUAUAUUCUUACGAGUACAAGUUGGAUGUGACCCUACAAGUGAUUAAUGAUAUGAUUCAAAGUGGUUGGCGGAUUCCACCUGAGCGAUUCAAGCAUAUUAUUUCUCGGUUAUGCUACUCGCAUCUAGUGAAAGAUGCUGUAGAAUUACUUGAUCGAGCCAUGCUAAUGUCAAAAGCUUAUGCAUCUGUGGAUACAAGAACAACUAUUGUUGCUGGAUGGUGUGCUACAGGCUAUCCUGACUCUGCAUUAAAGUUUAUUGACACGAUGCUGGAAAAAGGACUUGCACCCACCAUGCAAAUGUACAGAUGGAUUAUAGAUUCGCUCAUUACGAUGCGAAAACUAGGUGAUGCCGAUCGUGUUGCGAUAAUGUGUCGAGACAAAGUAAAUGUGGUUACCAUUGAUGCGUUCCAUGCCGUCACUCGCGCUUAUUUGAUCUUUGGUCAUGCAGAUGAAGCCGAACGGCGCAUUAAACAUAUAAACACAUAUGGGUUUAUUGCGGAUGAUACAACGCAUGCUAUAUGGGUGGCGACGCUCUUGAAACUUGGUAAGCGAGACGAGGCAGAAUCUAAACUCAAAAGUCUUGGAGCAUACUAUGGGGGAGUUAAGCAUGUCCCAGUCGCUGUAUACACUGCAUUUAUGGAUGUGGCCAUUCUAGAGCACGAUUGGAUCAAUGUAAUCAAGUACUGGCGAAAGAUCAUUGGAUGUGCUCGUGGCGGUGUUUCUGGGGUGGAGGAUGCGAUUGUUGCCAAAUAUAUUACUGGAGCAAUCCAACUGGAUCGAUUUGAUGCGAUCCAAAGUGUAAUCAAACAAGUGCAGUGGGAAACGCACCCAAAAACGUAUCGAGCAUAUGUGUAUGUAUGCUUCAAGUCGGGUAAUGUGAUGAAGGGUCAAAGAGUAGUCGAGGAUGUGCUUGCCAUUGCUCAUUCACAAAGAACCCAGUUUGUGAAGGCUCAAAAUACGGAUCGUGCGUUGGCUUAUAGGGAUCUUCCUCAUGCCAAAUAUUUAGCAGAGAUACUUUGUGAUGUUGUUGGGUAUUAUGCUAGCGAUUUGGGCAAUCUUUCUCAUGCCAAACAAACCCUCAGAGUAUAUUUGGAAAUGUUCAAACCUACUUCGCGGCCGUUUGUAUCAUUAAUGCGAGCAGCUGUGCAUCAUGCAAAAUUUAGUGAUCCAAGUGGUGGGUUAGAUGAGGCAAUGCAGUAUUGGAAGUGGAUGGUUCAAGCCGGCGGAAGAGUCAAUCAGAGUGGAUACGGUGGGUGGAUCAGCGCAUGUGUUGAUGCGGGGGAUGUGUGUCGUGCGAUUCAAGGCAUCCAACUGCUAGUACAGGCCAAAUUUAAACCCACGGUAGCCAUUCAACAAACUGUCUUGACAAUGCUGGGUCGAUGUGGACGCAUAUCUGAAAUGGAACGGCUGUUUAGGCGCUUGUUGGCAAACGAUGAUAGCAAGGCAUUUGUUUCAGUUCCUGCUACGAGUGCUACAGUGAAUGCACUAAUGACUGGCUACUUGCAUUCCAAAAACUAUGCGAAACUGUUUUUGGUUUGGAAUCGGCUAUGGAAACGUAGUGGCGGGGGUAGUGAUGCACAGGUACCAGUUUUUACGAGUAACGAUCCAAGUAUUGAAACGUGCAUUCAUGUAGCAAAUGCAAAAGAUAUUUUGGAUGUGGAUAUGUUGGUGCCUGAUCUAGCAGAUCUAGUUGAACACGACCAAUUUGCAAGUGAUGUAAAUACACAAGCUGACGAAUCUAUCCAAGACCUCUACGACGAGACACAUGAGCACAAUGAAACAGACUCUUUGCUUGAUACAAGCAUGACCCCUUUAUCGUUGCCUUGGACAACCACGAUGAACACUGACCAUGGAGUGACACCAGUGACGUUUUGUCUUGUGCUAGACGCGCUGGGAUUUGCAGGUGAUCUCGAGGUGCUGGAUAAAGUGUGGCAACAGGUUGUAGAUGUAGACAAGUUUCCGAUUUCACCCAAUUGCACAACAUCAUACAUGGAAGCACUAAUGCGGUGUGGGCAAACUGAUCGGGCGAUGGAGGUGGUAAUAGGAGCAUGUAAGACAGGUAAAGUGGCCGUGAAGACUGUUGUGAAUUUCCUGGGCAUGUGCGAUGAUGGUGAACAGGGAAAGCAUAGAAAAGAACAAGUGAUGAAAUGUGUCAAGAAGGAAUGCACGCUGGAGUUUACUGAGAUAUUGCAACAGAGAUUGGAUGGAGGAAAGAGUCAAACCAAGACACGGAAAAUCCCUUCAGACCAAAAUAUUGAUCAAGUUUUGCAGUUGUUCAAGCUCACUGCGGACUAA